UCUGUGAAUAAUGGAAGAAGUAAUGAAGCAAUGGAGCGAGAAAGAAGAAGAAGAAGAAGAAGAAGAAGCAGAGGUUGAGGUUCAAGAAGAGGGCUUAGUUAGACGCCAAGUUCACACGCAGGUCACCACCAUUGUUACUACUUCAAGUAUUGAUAUUCAAGGGCAAGUAACCUCUGAAACAUAUGAUGUUUCCAGUGACAUUGAGAAGAGCAUUACUUCACUUUCCUCUGAUCCUAUCAUUCCUGGGGAUUCAACUUCUCCCCAGAUUUUCACAAUUGAAAGUGAAAAAAGGCAAGAGAUCUUUGAAACAAAGGACUAUUUCAGUGACAUAAAGAAAAAAAACAUUGCUUCACCACCCUCUGAUCCUCUCAUUCCUGGGGUCUCAACUUCUCCCAAAAAUGUGACAAUAGAAAGUGAAAAAACGCAAGAGAUCUCUGGAACAAAGCUUUAUUUCAGUGACAUUGAGAAGAAGAACUUUGCUUCACCUUCCUCUGAUCCUAUUAUUCCUGUGUAUUCAACUUCUCCCAAAUAUAUCACUACUGAAAGUGAAAGAGUUGGCAUAAUAACAGAGAAUGUGCAAUUGGUGAAAGAACUAUAUCUGGAAAGUCUUUAUCAGAAGCCACCCACACAGGGAUUCUAUUGUCCCAAUUGUAGGGCUUGUAUCCAGAAAGUUUUGAUUUUGGAUACAGUGAGGGAAGAACCUGGUGUUCCUGCACAACCUCUUCCACCAUUGGAUAGAUUCAGAUGCUCAACUUGCUUCAGUUUCCUCAUCCCAAUAGGUAGUUGGCUCUUUCCUGGGUCGGCACAUGGUCAAGAAGAAAUACCUGAAGAUGUACAAGAAACAAUGGUUCCAGCCCCUGAUAAAUUUCCUCCUGAUUCAGGAAGUCAAAUGUUGCAACCUGAACCAAUAAUUUCUGAUGGCGCAAGUAAAACUCAAGAUGCAUCAUAUCAAGCUAUUGAAAUCCCAGAAGAUGAGCCAGGCCCAGAUGGAUCUACAGCCACACCUUCACGUUGGGGGCUUUUAGCUAGUGCUUUAGCGUUUGCUAUACCAAAAAAACCUCAAGCAGAUAUUUCAAAAAUUCCAGAACAGAAACCAGUUGAAGACGUUGUACGUGAUGGAGUAAGCACUGAGCCUCCGGCAAGCACAACACGCGCUCCUACAAUUACAGCAGGUGAAGUUCAAGAACCAGGAAGCAGUAAGACAUGGGAUAUUCUGAAAAGUAUUGUGUAUGGUGGUCUGGUUGAAUCUAUUGCAAGCCUUAGUAUUGUGGCAUCUUCAGCAAGUGCAGAUGCUGCCACAUUGAGCAUUAUAGCUCUGUCUCUUGCAAACCUGAUUGGAGGACUCUUCAUCCUUGUUCAUCAUAUCUGGGACCUGAAAGCUGAGGAACAAAGUACAAAUGAAGUUGUAGAUCGAUACCAUCUUUCCCUAGGGAAGAGGGAAAAUUUCUAUCUUCAUCUGUGCAUAGCCAUGUUAUCAUUCAUCAUAUUUGGGGUAGUGCCACCAUUAGCGUAUGGCUUGACCUUCUACGAGGUCAACAACAAGAAUGUGGCGCUUGCAGCGGUUGCCGGAGCGGCUGUAAUAUGCAUCACUCUUCUGGCCAUCACAAAAACUUACAUCCAGAGGCCAAAUACUUAUCUAACAUAUCUCAAAACAGUGCUUUACUAUCUCAGCACUGGAGCUUUGACCUCUGUAAUUUCUUACUUGGCUGGUGUUCUUAUUAGGGAACUUUUGGAGAAGCUUGGAAUUGGCUCUGAGAGCUCAUCAGGUUUCACCCUGAUGCUACCCGAGAUGAGUGUAAUUGAGAAGCCUAGAUUUGGAUCCUACUGAUAAGCAUUGUGUUUCAUAGAUAGAGAUUAAUUGUAAUCUGGGGCAAUGAGGGAGCUUAGGUUUUGAUUGGGGAUUUAAGUCUUUUAGGCUGAGAUUUAUGUUGUAGUAGUUGGAUUAGAUUGUGCCUUUAUUUGCAUUGAGGUAAUUAGGAUUGUUACUCUUUGAUUAUUGAAUUAAAAAUUAAGCCUUGAGAA